UCCGUUUGUUUUCGUUUUUCCAUUGCCUUGCCCAACACCAGGAGAUCUGUUAGCAGGCCUGAGCAAGUUCGCCAAGCUGGCCCGAUCCGUGACCAGGAGCAAGACGCUGGUGUCGCAGUUCUCGUCGCAUCCCGUUUCUAUCAAGGACUCUACCAGGCAUGUCCAGUCUCAUUUAGCGCACAUGAUGAGCCUGAACGCGGACGUAAUGCCCCAGUACAGGCAAGAGGCGCCGAAGACGCCGCCACACAUCCUGCUGCACUACUGCGCGUUCAAGGCCAUUUGGGACUGGGUCAUACUGUGCCUGACCUUUUACACGGCCAUCAUGGUGCCGUACAACGUGGCRUUCAAGAACAAGACCAGCGAGGACGUGUCCCUGCUGGUGGUCGACUCCAUCGUCGACGUGAUAUUCUUCAUCGACAUCGUGCUCAACUUCCACACUACGUUCGUCGGGCCCGGCGGCGAGGUCGUGUCUGACCCGAAGGUUAUCAGGAUGAACUACCUCCGGUCGUGGUUCGUCAUCGAUCUGCUGUCCUGCCUGCCGUACGAUGUGUUCAACGCAUUCGACCACGACGAAGAGGGUAUCGGAAGCYUGUUCAGUGCUUUGAAAGUUGUCCGGUUAUUGAGACUGGGCAGAGUYGUUCGAAAACUAGACAGGUACUUGGAAUACGGUGCUGCAAUGUUGAUACUACUGCUGUGCUUUUAUAUGCUAGUGGCGCAUUGGUUGGCCUGCAUUUGGUAUUCCAUAGGACGGUCCGACGCCGAGAACGGAUAUCAAUACUCGUGGCUGUGGAAGUUGGCAAACAUCACGCAGUAUCCGUACUCUUACAUAAUGUCGGAACACGCCAACUCCACGGAACUAGUUCACGGUCCUCCACGAAAGACCAUGUACGUGACUGCACUGUACUUCACCAUGUCGUGCAUGACGAGCGUCGGUUUUGGAAACGUCGCCUCGGAAACCGACAACGAAAAGAUUUUCACCAUUUGCAUGAUGGUCAUUGCGUCACUAUUGUACGCUACGAUUUUCGGUCACGUCACCACAAUCAUACAGCAAAUGACUUCGGCAACGGCUAAGUACCAUGACAUGUUAAACAAUGUCAGAGAAUUCAUGAAGCUGCACGAAGUGCCGAAAGCGCUGUCCGAGAGGGUCAUGGACUAUGUGGUGUCCACAUGGGCAAUGACCCGCGGCUUGGACACGGAUAAAGUGUUGAAUUAUUGUCCGAAAGACAUGAAAGCGGACAUAUGUGUUCAUCUAAACCGAAAAGUGUUCAACGAGCAUCCGGCGUUCCGGUUGGCCAGCGACGGGUGCUUACGCGCCCUGGCCAUGCAUUUCACGAUGAGUCACUCGGCACCCGGUGACCUGCUCUUCCACACCGGCGAGUCUAUCGACUCACUGUGCUUCAUCGUCACCGGUUCUCUAGAAGUCAUCCAAGACGAUGAAGUGGUCGCCAUUUUAGGUAAGGGCGACGUGUUUGGUGAUUCGUUUUGGAAGGACACGGCACUAGGUCAAUCCGCAGCCAACGUCCGCGCRCUGACCUACUGCGACCUACAYACCAUAAAGCGUGACCGGUUGCUCGAAGUUUUGGAUUUCUAUCAAGCGUUUGCAAACUCAUUUUCAAGAAACCUGAUACUGACUUACAACCUCAGGCAUAGGUUAAUUUUCCGAAAAGUGGCGGAUGUUCGCCGGGAAAAGGAGCUGGCCGAGAAGCGGAAAAACGAACCGCAACUAGAUGAACAGCGGGACCAACUGGUCAGGAAGAUAUUCACCAAGUUCCGGAAGGAUCGAGCUCCCAGUACGGUCCUCGGGAUGCAACAGGGUGCAGGGGCCGCAUCGGGAGCAGCUGCAGCGGCGGUGGGUACCGACGAGAGCAAGUCUGAGGUUGGCACCGGUGACGCUUCGGAUAGUGUCAGUGGUGCUCGCCCCAAAGUCUUGCCACUCGUACUCAGGCAACAGAGUGAAGACCCACAACAGGCGUCUUGUUCGUCGACGGGCCUGAGAACAGCGGCGGCACCCAAAAAAGUGUCAAAAUGGGGUAAAGUUUUGGGUGGUGGUGGGAGUUCCGACUCGGCGGACGUGUCGGUGGUAAGUGCGCAAAGCGCGCCUGCCAAGAUCCGCGACUCGCCGGGCCGGUCUGUCGGAAACGGUCAUAAAGUGUUUCCGAAAUUGCAAAAAGUGCCGACCACCGCUUCCGAGCCGUUUGCCGGCGUAGGCGGAAACCAGCGACAGGAAACGAUCGAAGAGACGGACGAACGAACCGGUGUCGGUGGCAGUGGAAGCGGCGGUAGUGGCGGCGAUGUCGUCGGUAGUGGAGAACCUGUACAGGAAGAAGAACUUCCGACUCCAGCACCGCCUCACCAGUACCAGGUGACAACGGCGGAUGCGCCUUCACCGCCGCCACCACCGUGUCCUACGAUGGUCYUGCCACCGCCACCUGACCUCGACGUAUUGGCCAAGAUCGAGGAUCUCCGGUCCGAUCUCCGCGACGAGGUGCGGUCCAUCAACCAGCGACUGACAGCCAUCGAGGACAUGAUGGUUCGGAUCGUCGGCAAGCUGGACGCGCUGACCGUCGCCUCUCCCGCCCCAUCGCCGUUGUUGCGGCACCAGACACACCGGAAGCAGGACGCCGGCCGGGGUGGAACGAAGAGCACGGACGACCUGAGCUCGCCGGUCACCCCUAAACUCCCACCGAUGGUCCGGCGACGGCGCAGCAAGUCCCGAACGCGGUCCUCGUCGUCCGCCCUGCCGCCUAUGCGCCCGUUCAGCCCAAGAGACACGUCACCGCCACCAUUUCCCCGGACUGAUUCGCUCAAAAAGUCGUGCCCACCCCGACCCAACGACUUCCUGUAAGCACGCUGCACUGUCGAGACACUACCGAUCACAGCAAAAAUACUAUUAUCGCCAUCACAAUAAUAAUWAUUAUUAUUAGGUAUACUAUUGUGCGAUUAAGAUAUUAUUACUAUUAAGACAAAUCGAUUACGUAUGUACAAUGAUUAUAAGAAUAUA